AUGGAGAAGAAGUUUCCAACGGUUGUGACGAUUGGAGGAAGGAGAUAUGUCAAGAACAACCUUAACAGGAAAUCUGAGGACUGCAAGAUGAAGCUAAAAGAGGCACUUAAAUCCUUUGGUAGGCGGGUCCAAAAAUUACAGAUGUCUCACUGCACAAUUGAAAAGGGCACGAGUCUGCAUGUUUACAAGCUGGAUGAUGCAAGGGUGAUUUUCACCAAAAAAAAUAAGCCUAUUGGGUUUGUUGUCACUGGAAAAGCAGAGGAAAUCGACAAGAGCGUGUAUGAAAAGGCAUCUAGCGAAAUAAAUGAUGCCACCGGUAAGCCCAAUGAACCAGGAGCAGAGGAGAGGGCGGAGAAGGACGAUGCCUCGUUGAUUGAUUAA